AUGAAGGAAUGGAAUCAGGGCAGGGCAAUUGAUGGAGAUGCUUUCCAAAGCGUGCCAUACUUCGAUGAGGCACCGUUCCCGGAAAAAGAGCAAUCGAAUUGCCAUGCGACCGUUCCGGUGGUGUACCGAACCACAACUGGAGCGGCGACCCUUCGCAACAGAGCAGAGGCAACGCGGACCGAGCCGCCGCCGCCGCCUCCUUCGCCGCCUCGUGGCCACUGCGUUUGUCGUCGUCGCCGCAACGCAAGAAGUAAACGAAGACAGGGAUACCGAGAAGACUCACAAAUGCAAGAAAUAUCAACAUCUUACGUGAAAAUCUACGGUCAGCCGCGUAAACAUCUACCGGCGAGCCACGGAACUACGCGCAUCGCCACUUCGCCAGCCGCCCAAACGGCGUCCGCCGAAUACGAACAUGCGGGACAGAGCGGCGCAACAGAGCUCAAGCCAGUGAAGGAAACGCUAUCCGCAGCCCAUCUCUCACCGCAGCCCGCACACCUUUGCGGAAAGAAGCAGCUGAGUGCGUCAGCAGAUGACCGGUAAAAGGAGUGCGCAAAUAAAUCUCCUGGGCAGAUUCCGAUGCUCAUUCCUGGGAGUCCAUUGAAUUUUUUUCUUUCUUUUUAUAUUUAUUUUUAAUUUUUUGCGCGCGCGAAGAUGUGAUAGGUAAAAGCCAGUACUGCUGCCGUUCCAAUAUAAAGCUUUCGAACUGGAA